AUGUCGGGCGAUUAUGUCCUUGAGCGGGACUCUUUCGAAACCAGCCGUCUCAACCUUCAACAUUACUAUGUGAACGAAGUGUUUGGUUACCUUCUCCACCCUUCGAUCCCCACAGGCAACCCCAAUCUCAGGAUUGCAGAUGUUGCAUCAGGCAGUGGUAUCUGGCUCUCGAGCCUUUCGCGCCGGCUUCCUCCGAACGUGACCCUUGACGGACUGGAUAUAUCAUUUGAUAACGCUCCCCCGAAAGAAUUUCUACCAAAAAAUAUGACUCUUCGGUAUUGGGACAUUUUUUCCGAGGUCCCUGAAGAACUGGUUGGGGUCUAUGACAUUGUCCAUAUUUCGCUUGUCGGGUUCGUCCUCAGAAGUAAUGACAUAGAUCAUGUAAUGGGUAACUUUAUGAGGCUUCUCAAGCCCGGUGGUUACCUCCAGUGGUCCGAACAUGAUCUCUUAUCCUGCCGGUUCAAGAAGUCUCACCCGGAUAACAAGACAGAAGCCCUCGAGGAGCUUUACAGGCUGAGCAUCAUUCACCCAGUUGAUGCUCGUUUCAAGCCGACCUGGGUUUCAAAUCUCCCGGAGAUUUUCCGUCAACAUGGCUUGGCCGCCGUCGAGUCUGAUGUUAAAGAUACACCGCCCGACCUUAUCAUGCCUCUUCACAUGUGUGGCUUGUUGGUCCAGGAAAGAGUAGUCCUCAAGCUGAAGGGCUUUGAGUGGAUAGAAAAGAUCAGGGAUUUACUUCCAGAGGUUCAUCGCGAAACUAAAGCUGGAUCAGCCUGGGAUCUUCCUCGAAUUUGUGUGGUCGGAAAGAAGCCGUUGGAAUGA